AUGUUUCUCUCAUUUGAGCUAAUUCAUCUCCCUCUCAUCUUUUCGUUCAUCAUCUUAUUGUUCUUGAUUCCUUUCAAGUUGCUUUCACCUACUUCUAAAACCCCGAGAAACCCACCACCAACACUACGAAAGCUUCCAAUUAUUGGAAACCUUCACCAACUAGGCUCAAGCCCCCAUCACACUUUACGAGCCUUGAGCCAAAAACAUGGACCACUUUUGUUGAUGCACCUAGGUAGUGUACCUUUGUUGGUAGUCUCCUCGGCUGAAGGAGCUAAAGAAAUCUUAAAAACUCAUGAUUUGAUAUUCUCAAAUAGACCAAAACUAUACUUCCAUGACAAACUUAGUUAUGGCUCUAAAGACAUAGGAUUUGCUCCGUACGGUGAGCAUUGGAGGCAGGUCAAGAGCAUAACCGUGCUCCAUCUUCUAAGCCGUAAAAGAGUUCAAUCAUUUCGAAAAAUAAGAGAAAAGCAAACGCUUCAUAUGAUUGAAAUGAUGGGUAAAAGUUGUGGUUCCGUAAUUAACUUGAGUGAGAUACUUUUUUUGCUCACUAUAAACAUACUAUGUGAGGUGGCCUUUGGAAAGAAAGGUGAUCUAAAGUUUAUGGACUUGUUUGCAAGAUCUCAGAUCCUACUUGCCGGUUUUGAUGUAGGGAACUAUAUUCCGAUCUUAUCAUGGGUGAAUUGGUUACGUGCGGGACAGGUAAACAAAGUAGUUAAAGAAUAUGACGAGUUUGUUGAUGCUGUUAUUGACGAGCAUAUAAAUAAAAGCGACGUAAAGGCGGAUGAUAGUACCGGUGGACAGAAUGAAGGAGGAGAUAUAGUUGAUAUCUUACUCGAUGUUCAAAAAGAUAACGCACUCAAAUUUAAAUUUGGUAGAGAUACCAUUAAAGCCAUCAUCUUUGAUGUUUUUACUGCUGGAACUGAUGCAACAAGCACAAGUGUAGAAUGGGCACUAAGCGAGCUAAUAAGACACCCACGAGUAAUGAAGAAGCUGCAAGCCGAGGUAACAAAAAUUGCUCAAGGGAGAUCAAUGAUCACGGAGGAUGAUAUACAAGAAAUGCAUUACUUGAAAGCGGUCCUCAAAGAGACCUUGCGAUUACACAUUCCAAUUCCGCUACUAGUUCCUCGUGAAUCAAGAGAGGAUGUUAAAGUAAUGGGUUAUGAUAUUGCAAAAGGCACCCAAGUGAUGAUUAAUGUUUGGGCAAUAGCAAGAGAUCCUUCCAUAUGGGAAGAACCGGAGAAAUUUUACCCAGAAAGGUUUUUGAACAGUUCCAUUGACUAUAAAGGAUUUGAUUUUGAAUUGUUACCUUUUGGUGCUGGUAGAAGAGGGUGUCCUGGUGCUGAAUUUGCUAUGGUUAUUAACGAGUUUGUUAUAGCAAAUAUUGUUCUCAAGUAUGAUUUAGCACUGCCAAAUGAAGGUAGACCCGAGGAAUUAGACGUGACUGGAAGUUUUGGAAUGACUGUCAAAAAGAAAACUCAUCUACUAGUUGUGCCUUCUUCUCGUUUAGAGUGAAGUAACUGCUCAGAUUUGCACCUUUGAGAGCAUCGACUAGUACGAUUUCAUGAUUUCGUAAUAUACAUAUAAUAUUGUUAUAAUAAUAUUCAAUAAACUCUUCUUGUAUCCCUGCAAUGCUGUGGUAGAAGUGUAUUUUCCUUUUAUUCCAAGAUUGUAAUGUAAUAUGUGUUUGCUGUGAGUCUGUGAUAUGUGUUGGUUUAUAUA